UGUCGAUGAAAAGAGUAAAGGAAGUUAAAAAAUCUGUGAAGAGGGAAUGAAAUCAAAAAGAAUUUUCUCUAAGAAAGAAGACAAACUCGAUACUUUCUUAAAUGGCGGAGAAGAAUAUUUACAAGAUUUAUUUACAUAUUGUUAUUUUUUCUACUUUGUAUAAAGAUAAUGUAAAAAUGAAAAUGUGGGUGAAAGGAGAAAAUGUAUUAUCGUCGAAUAUCAACAGCCUUCGUGUUACCAGUGCACCAAAAACGAAGUCAACUUUUAUCAUUCUCAGCUCAUAUCACAUCAACAAUAUUCGUUUAGUAACAAAUACACUGGGAAACAAAACUUUGCUAAGAACAACGGUCAAGCCAAUUAUUAGCAUUACACAGGAUCUGAAAAAACAUAACACACCGAUACUAACUUAUACUUCCAUAAAUACACUUAAUGUCAGGACCACCACUUUAAUGAAAACGUCAUCAAAACAUGUGAUUUUAAUUAAUCCAACAAAUUCGAUUUAUUCGAUAACACCAAUAAGCGAGUUUAGCGGAAAUUUCAGCAGAAAUUUUACUGAAGAGACGUUUGGAAAUUUAACAGUUAACUGUACGCAUUAUAAUUCAUCUGGUGUGAGAAACAUAAGUUUAUAUAACUUAACCUUUGCAAGCAACUGUACAGAGGAGAAAGUCGAAGAAGAAUUACCGUGGUAUGAAGAUCCAAUAACAUUCAUGAUUGCAGCAGCAAGCGUUAUUUUUAUUUGUCUGCUGGUUAUUUUAAAAUUUGUGCUUUCGUACUGCAGCAAAUAUUCCGGAGAGUAUUACGUUCCACGAUGGAAAUUACCUCGCAGAAAAAAGGGAAAGGAAGGCUGGGUGCUAAGUCAAAUAGACUGGAUUCCAACCAUUAGUGACGUCGAACCUCCGCCAGCUAAAAAGUAAACAUAACGAUGAUAGUUAAUGAUGGACAGUUAAAAAUUUAUCUUAGAAUGUUAGAUCAGAAGAGAAUGAUUUGGACGCAAUUUGAAAUUUUGACAAGAAAAUCGCAAAAGAAAUAUGUGUUAAUAAGUUUAUAAAUAAUACUUAUUCCUUGAAAGUAGGAAAUAUUGAA